AUGAGGGUGGUGGGGGGCGCCCGGACGGCCGCCCUGGCGCUGCUGCUCGGGGCGCUGCAUGGGGCUCCGGCGCGGGGCCAGGAGUACGACUACUAUGGCUGGCAGGCGGAGCCGCUGCACGGCCGUUCCUACUCCAAGCCACCGCAAUGCCUCGACAUUCCCGCCGAUCUGCCACUCUGCCACACGGUGGGUUACAAGCGCAUGCGGCUGCCCAACCUGCUGGAGCACGAAAGCCUAGCCGAGGUAAAGCAACAGGCGAGCAGCUGGCUGCCGCUGCUGGCCAAGCGCUGCCACUCGGACACCCAGGUCUUCCUAUGCUCGCUCUUCGCGCCCGUCUGUCUAGACCGUCCCAUCUACCCGUGCCGCUCGCUGUGCGAGGCCGUGCGCGCCGGCUGCGCACCGCUCAUGGAAGCCUACGGCUUCCCCUGGCCCGAGAUGCUACACUGCCACAAGUUCCCCCUGGACAACGACCUCUGCAUCGCAGUACAAUUCGGGCACCUGCCUGCCACCGCGCCUCCAGUGACCAAGAUCUGUGCCCAGUGUGAGAUGGAGGACAGCGCAGAGGGCCUCAUGGAGCAGAUGUGCUCCAGCGACUUUGUGGUCAAGAUGCGCAUUAAGGAGAUCAAGAUAGACAAUGGGGACCGGAAGCUGAUUGGAGCCCAGAAGAAGAAGAAACUGCUCAAGGCAGGCCCCUUAAAGCGCAAGGACACCAAGAAGCUGGUCCUGCACAUGAAGAACGGUGCGGGCUGCCCCUGCCCACAGCUGGACAGCCUCACAGGCAGCUUCCUGGUUAUGGGCCGCAAAGUGGAGGGGCAGCUGCUGCUCGUGGCCAUCUACCGCUGGGACAAGAAGAACAAGGAAAUGAAGUUUGCAGUCAAGUUCAUGUUCUCCUACCCCUGUUCGCUCUACUACCCUUUCUUCUAUGGGGCAGCUGAACCCCACUGA